GUUCGGACUACCUUGAGAGUGGAGGGAGACUAAUGGGAGGUGGAUAAGGGAAGGUAUAUAUGCAGUGAGGGAGUGGCAGAGUUAACAGUGCUGACACUCUGCGGCAUAAUGUGGAAGCCACUGCUCCUGCUCCUCUCCGUCUCCACCCUCCCUCUUAUCGAGGGCGCUGUUCUGUGCUACUUUGAGUCUUGGGCGGUGUACAGGAUCGGCGAUGGCAAAGUGGAGAUAUCGGAACUCGAACCGGCACUCUGCACGCACUACAUCUAUGCUUUCGCUGGCAUCAACGCCGACUUUACCAUCAGGGUGCUGGACCCGUGGGCAGACCUGUGUGAUGGCGGCGGGAAGUGCGGCUAUGAUAAGUUCACAGCCAUGAAGAACACCGACCCAAGCCUGCUGACCCUGCUGGCCGUGGGUGGCUGGAACGAUGGCUCCGUUCUUUACUCAAAGAUGGCGGAGACUGCUGAGACCAGGGCAGUAUUCAUCAAGUCGGCCAUACAGCUUCUGAAGCUGCACAAUUUUGACGGCCUCGAUUUCUGCUGGACGUAUCCCACCCAGAAUGGUGGGGCCCCUGAGGACCGGGUGAACUAUGUGCAUCUGCUACGGGAACUGAAGGAGGCGUUGGAAGCCGAAGGCAUGGUGCUGACGAUAUCAGUUUCCCCGAGCAAGAGCAUCAUCAACGAGGCUUAUGACGUCCCAGCCAUUGCACAACACGUCGACCUCGUCAGCGUGACUACCUACGACUUGCAUGGCCCGUGGGAUCACUACACCCACCAUCACUCAGGCCUGUACGCCUUCUCCGAGGACACCGGCGACAACUUGUUCCUGAACGUGGACGCUGUAAUAAGCUACUGGGUAGCAGAGGGGAUGCCGGCAAACAAGCUGGUAAUGGGGGUGCCCAUGUUUGGUCGCUGCUGGACGCUGGAUUCAGUUGAUACGCACGGCUACUACGCCCCUGCAUCUUUGCCUGGAGAGGCGGGCCCUUGGACCAGCACGAAAGGUUUCAUGGCUUACGCUGAGAUCUGCAUGAAGCAGGCCAAGGAGGGGUGGACGGUGGCCGUGGAGGAAGGAUGCAACGAACCCUACACCUACCACCUGUCCUCCAACAAGAUCUGGUGCUCGUAUGAAAACCACGAUUCUGUCAUUAUCAAGGGCCAGUACGCGGCUGACCACGGCCUGGGGGGAGUCAUGGUCUGGUCCGUAAAUGACGAUGACGCGCAUGGCGUCUGCGGCGGUCGUAAGUAUGACUUAACAUUUACGCUGGCAGACACCUUCAACAAGGCCUCCAACUGAUGUGUCCGCAGAGUGCAAGAAUCCCCAUUCCCACAUCUGGCAUCUUCCCUCCAUUAACCGCCCACACCACGAGGCAUCUCACCUAUCACAAUAAUUGUAACAUUAGCAGCGGUGGUGAUACACAAAACAGUUCGUAUGACCUUCACACUAUAAUAGAUAAUAAUUCCAUAUACACAUUUUCGCGUUAAAAAUAAAUUAUAUAAAACUGU